UUGUUGCUCAGUCCAACAGCUGCAGCCAUGUGGAUCCUGUGCCUCCUCCUUCUGCUCUUCACAGGUUCUGUGGCGCAGCUCAAUGACUGCGGAAUCCCGCCUCUGAACACUCGGAUUGUAGGGGGUGAAGAAGCGGCCGCGGGGGCCUGGCCCUGGCAGAUCAGUAUGCACAGAGGAGGACGGCACGUUUGUGGAGGGUCCCUCAUCAACAACCUGUGGGUGCUGACCGCAGCGCACUGCAAUGCAGGUGUCCCCCCUGAACAAUACACUCUGUACAUUGGGCGAAAGAGCCAACAGGGCGCCAACCCACAGGAGGUCAGCCGCUCCGUCACACAGAUCAUCAACCACCCGGACUACAACAGCGACACUAGUGACAAUGACAUAUCCCUGAUGAAGAUGUCUUCCCCCGUCACCUUCACUCAGUUCAUCCUCCCAGUGUGCCUGGCUGCCUCGGGGAGCUCGCUGCACGCAGGCACCGACGUCUGGGUCACGGGCUGGGGGGAUAUCGGCAGUGGAGUGUCUCUGCCGCCCCCAGAGAACCUGAUGGAGGUGGAGUUGCCCAUCGUGGGGAACAGGAAGUGCUCCUGUUCCUACGCCAUCACAGAAAACAUGCUGUGUGCAGGGCAAGCUGAGGGGGGCAAGGACUCCUGCCAGGGAGAUUCUGGGGGUCCUUUGGUGAGGAAACAGAACAGCCGUUGGAUCCAGGGCGGAGUGGUGAGCUUUGGAAUUGGCUGUGCUCUGCCUGGUCUGCCUGGAGUCUACGCCCGAGUGUCCCGUUAUGAGACCUGGAUCAAGAGUCAUAUCACAGAGAACCAGCCCGGCUUCAUCAAAAUCACCUCCUCUGGGACUGACAGUGACCUCAGCGCAUCCUGCUCCACAAGGCCCACUGUCACAGGGGCUGCACCUAUCACCACUGCUGCACCGGUGGUCUGUGGCCGGGCCCCUCUGAACAGCCGCCUCUCUGGGGGCACCUCCGUGUCUGCGGGACAGUGGCCCUGGGUGGCCAGUGUCCAGAUGGAUCAGGUUCACGUCUGUGGAGGGACACUGGUGUCGGAGGACGCUGUGCUAAGCGACGCCAGCUGCUUCUCCAGGCCCCUGAACGCGUCGCGGUGGAGCGUGGUGCUGGGGCAGUCUGUGCGUGUGAGCGUCGCUAACAUCAGUGUGAGUAAUGACAGUGGUUCAAACGUGGCCGUGCUGCAACUGGCCUCCAAACCCUCUCUGUCCAACAACAUCCAGCCCAUCUGCCUGGACAACGGCCGCACCUUCACCCCCGGAAUGACCUGCUAUGCUGCCGCCUACAGCCAGGGGGCAACAGGGGACCAGACGCUGCAGGAGACCCAGACCUCCAUCAUGAGCUGUGGGAACUCGUCCUCCCCGAACACCAUCUGCACCGGCUCCUUCACUCUGCAGCAGGGGGACCUCGGUGGCCCGCUCAUGUGUAAACUCUCUGGCUCCUGGUUCCAGGCCGUGGUUCUGUCCAACAGCAGCAGCAGCUCACAGACCCGAGAGUCCAUCUUGACAUUUGACAAAGUGAGUAAAUAUCAGAGCUUCCUCAGAUCCACUCUGGGCACGUUCCUGUCGCCGGCGGCAACAUCCACAGAUGCCCCCACCACCAACUCUACCUCCAGCAGCCCCGUGACCUCCGCCCUCAGCCCGUCCCUCCUGCUCGUGUCCCACCUGCUCCUGGCUCUGCUCGGGCUGCUGCUCUGUGGAUGAGCUGCUUUUACCUCCGCUCUAACUGUACAUGAUGUGAUCCACACAAAUGAGUGUAACUAUCCCAGAGACCUUCAAGCUGACGCGGUGAAUUUUAUAUUUAACGUAAUUUCCUAAUAAUGAAAAUGGCUGCAUUUUAAAGA